GCAAUGGUAGCAAAGUCAGAUUUCGUCCAGAUCUGGGACAAAGUGAAGGUUGGCCCUGCCCUAUCAUCAAAGGAGGAUGCUUGGGAUCAGUUUGUCGAUGGGGCAUCGACGACUAGCGCAGUUGCAUCAAGCAUGAUUGUUGCGGCAACGGAGCUUAAUUUGAUGGAGCAGUUCAAGCAAUCGAUCCCGACGUUGAUGAAGCUACUAGACGCAGUCUCCAAGGUCCACCCCUUCAUCCAAGUCGCGUUGAUCCCAUUCCAGACCGUUUAUGCUAUGGAGAUACGGCGAGAAGAGAACAACAGGAAAGUUAUAUUUCUUUUCAUUGAAAUGAGGGAUAUGAUGGCCGUAUUGCUUCAACUUUAUGACCUCAAAGACCAUGAUGUAACGCUAUGUUCGGGAGACACGAUCAUGGGUCGGAUGCAGUCUGUGCUCGAAGAGACGGGGAAGGACAUCCAACAAGUGUACGGCGUCUGCAGCAAAUACUCGAACGAACGGUUGAUUUGCCGUGUAUUCAAAUCAUCACAUUGGGAAGACAAAUUAACCGAAUGCAUCGGCUGCAUUAUCAAAAGAAAGGCGCAGAUCCAAAUGGCCCUAUCCGCCCACGCAGCACGGGGAGUGGACGAGGCUAACGAACGACUGGAAUACAUACAAGGAAAGAUCGCCAGGCUUGACACCUUUCUUCGAAGAACUCUAGAAAAACUCUCUACUACUGAAGAGCAAGACAUUGAGGCAUCUGUCGACCAAUAUCCGGGCAGCCGGGAGAAGCUUCGACAGGACGACAAAGCCCUUAAACGGCUAUACGAUAUGGAGCUUGGAUAUAAGCAGCCAAACUCACAGCCCAACCCCCUCUCAGAUACUUCUACCAGCAAGAAUAGCAAACCAACUUGGAACGUCCCCUCCGCACUAGACAAGUUGAAGGAAGACCUCAAAGAGACUGUAACAGAGAGCAUCGAAAAGAGCCUGAGAAUCUUCAUCCCCAAAUUAAAUAUCGAGAUGCAGCGCGUUGAAGCUGGUUUGACACGGACGGUAGAACGGACGGGUGAUCGAGUCAUUACUGCGUUAUCCAGAGGUCCUCAUGAGCUUCUGACGAAUCAAGAUAUGUAUCAGAUUUGGAGUUUCAUGGGAUGGCGUGCCAGCGUCAAGUCUGGACAUUUCGUGCUCGCUCUCCGAGAUUAUUACCACAAUGGAUCAUCAACAGCCAAGCAUGCCCUCGUCAUCCCUUCGCUCCUAGGUGCACAGAUAGACACUGUAGCCUCGUCAGGAGCUACCGCGGAUAUCGCUAUCAAUGAAAGUGAUGGAUACAAGGUUGAAGACUCACUGAGGGGUAUAGACUUUCGCCCUUCAAUCAGUGCAGAGGACGACUGGACUCUUCAGUAUCUUCGAGUCAACCGUCUACGCUUUGUUCUUGACACUAUCGAUGUGGAUGCAUCCGGUUUCAUCACAGUAUACGAAGUCAACGCUUUCACUCAGUCUCGGCCACCAAAUUGGAGUCUUCUCAAAUGGAUAUGUUUCUGGACGAUCGGCUGGCAAGUUUCAUGCGCAAAGUAUGCCAAGGCCAUCAAGACGAUCCUUCAACAGAUGUUCACUCUUCUUCCCGGAACCCUGCCACAGAAUCGGGGCUCCCUCGAUGACUAUCUCAUUUACUGGUGGGACUUCAUUACGAAACUAUGGAUGAGCCUCCCCGAUAUCUCUGACUCAGAGUACCCGGAAGAGCCAUUUUCAGAGUUUGUUCGACACGAAGAAGAACGUCUAAGAGAAAACCUGGAGAAGGUCAGCUGGCAUAUCGAGGCACCAGAUACUCUACAAAUCAUCACUGGCGGCCCAUUAGAACAUUCAAUCAUGCCGUUGGUGUAUCUUCUGCUCAACAGACACCUCAAAAUAUUCCAAAUAUGUCGCUUGCGUGUGGUACAGAAACAAGAUAUUCAGGAAGCGAAAGAUACACUAUACUGGAUAUACGAUGCUCAUCGCUCUCGCGCUCUCGACAUCGGCGACCACUUCAGGCAUCAGAGGCGAGACCCUGAAAAGGAACUGAAGAUAUUUGCGGGCGGUCUGUAUCAACAUGCGUCGGAUAAGUACACGAGGAGUGAACUCCCAUCUGCGGUAUUGAAGGAGCUUUCCAAUACCGCUACCGGCGUUCCAGCAAUGCCACAGGGAGCCGUUGAGAACGUACUUCGUUACGAUGUUAAUAUCAAUGCACACCCAGAAAUCGUUUAUGAUGCAUACAAUUUGCCGACCUGGCCUGAUCAAGAUAUAGGCACAAGCUGGCCUAUGUCUGAAAUCCUGGGUGAAUGGAUAUCCUUUACGACUCUUUCUGACCAUAUCUUUCACUAUAACAUCCUCCCUUCGAGUACUGGCAAAUUCGUGGCCACUGGUUGUCAUUUCGAUAUCGACUUUAACGUGACCGGCGAAUGUUCAUCAAUAGACGGCCAAGUCCACAUUGUUUUUGAAAAACAAUAUGUUCAUGAAGACUUUCCGGUGUACUAUAUUGGCCGAUUGGACCCAUCAUCUGGCGUUUUCAGAGGCUCAUUUUCGUUUCUCUUCGAACCUGGUCCUCAUGGCCUGUUUACAUUCAAACGGAUAAAUCCUAUGCUGUUACAUCGUCCUCCUCAAACUGAAUUCGACGAGAACAAACCAAGGGCAUUAUGGAGAUAUGCAGGUGCUGCUGUGUUAGAUGAUAUCCGCAGGCGAUCUUGGUCAUGGGCUUUCUUUCGCGAUCGCUUUAGGAUACGAAAACGGUUCAUUCAUCUCUUGCUUAGAGAGGCCAUGGUCGGCCAGCGGACAUCUGAGCUCGAGAAAAUUAUUCAUGGUCUCCUCCAGCAAGAUUUUUAUAUCUCCGUUUAUAAAGAGAAAUUGGCAUUAUCAGCUGCACAUCCGCAGAAUUGUGAUAAUUGCGGUCGGACCAAUUUGCAUGGGAUCCGGAUAAUUUGUCUGGACUGUCCGCCUAGCGACUCCAAAGGAAAUAUUGAUCUUUGCGCCACCGUCCGUUGUGUCGAUGCCGAAGUCCCACUCACGAUCCGUGAAGAUUUACCAAAACCUCACUCGCCAACACAUGGCCUCCUUCGAGUGCCGUUCAUCUUGCACCUUUCCAUGGGGCCGAAGGUCUUCGAAGCUGCACAAGUGGCUCUCGUCCGAGUUAAGGAUUUAUUCAAUGGCGCCGAGGAAGUCAAGGAGUCGGAUAGAAGUAUGUCAUACUUGCGGCGAAAAACGGCGCCGAAACUGUAUGAGGAGAAGAUGAGAUGUACGGUAUGUACCAAAGCAGUUUUACCUCCGUGUUGGUACUGCGUGGAGUGUGAAGACCAUGUAAUUCUUUGCAAUGACUGUGGGAUCGAGGAGGUCCAUCACGAAACGCACCUCCUUGUCCGAUAUUCCAAGCAGGUUGAUAUUCGAGACGAUGUCCCUUCUGUGGAGCAACGCCUUCGACGCUUAGAGGAGAAGCUCGAGGGGGUUGCAAAAGUGGAGGAUGUACAGCAAAUGCGAGAUCGGUUGGCCAGCGUCGAGAAGCUUCUCGAGACUAUUCUGGGCCAUAUAUCACCAGCUUCCGAGCCUACAUCAUAAAUUGAGUACUCCGAUCUUCCGUUUUCUUGACAUCAGAGCCUUUCUG